AUGAGAGAAACAAUAUCAGUGACAUCAUCAACACAAAAUAAAUUGAGAAAGCGAUUGAAAAAGUCGACAAAUCUGUCCAAUCAUGAACUUUCUCUCGAACAAAUACAGAAAACGAUUCCGCUUUUAGCACAAGCAUUUGCUCAUGGAUUUUUUAUUGAAGUUAAUUGUCGAACUUUAUCGGAAAAUCUUCUCGAUCAAUUGGCACAUCAAGUAUAUGAAUUCGUGCAGAAGCAGGAAGAACAUCUCAACCGUUCGCUGAUCUUCCAUUCAUUUGCCGAUUAUUCACUGUUGAAAGAGUUCGUUCGGAAAAUUUUUAUCGGCGAUUUCGAAGAAAAUCAAACGAAGAAACGUAAAGAAAUUCAUUCGAUGAACAUUUUCUUAUAUAAAACCAAAGAUGAUCAUCCAUCGAUUCAAGAAAUUCUCGUCGAAAACGAAAAGCAACAAUUUGCUUCGCGUUGGUCGUUGCCACAUGAACAAUUCGAGUCACUAUGGGAAACAUUAGAAUACGAUUUACCACUGAAAUCACAAUUAAUGCAAUACGUUUUCACCGUGAUUCGUUUCGAUAAAGCAAAUGUUGAUCGCACUGUUCUGCAUUGUAAUCAAACUAUUCUUCUUUAUGGACCACCGGGAUGCGGGAAAACAACACUAUGUAAAGGCUUAGCUCAGAAAGUGUCGAUUCGAAUGAAAGAAUUGUUUUCUCGAUUCUACUUUUACGAAUUAAAUGCCGGUUCAUUGUUCUCCAAGUGGUUUUCGGAAUCGUCACAUAAUUUAACUCGAUUCUUUCACGAUAUUACACAGAUUUGUCUUGAUCCAAUGACAUUUGUUAUUAUUCUUAUUGAUGAAAUUGAAUCUCUAUCGAUGUCACGAACAUCAUCAUUGUCAUCAAAUGAACCAUCAGACAUGUUGCGUGUCGUCAAUACGCUUCUCACACAGAUUGAUCGCUUGAAAUCAUUUUCGAAUAUUCUCAUUUUAACAACGUCGAAUCUUAUUGAAAUCAUCGAUCAAGCGUUAAUCGAUCGAUCUGAUUUAACUUUGUUUAUUGGCCCGCCGUCACUGAAGACAAUUUUUCAUAUCUAUCAAGCGUGUUUAGAUGAGUUAAUUGAAAAAAAUCUCAUUCAUUCGUCAGCGAGUCGACCCGAAGAAAUCAAAGGUAAAUUAUGGAGUUUGGCUGAAGAAAGUGAUGGCUUAAGCGGAAGAACGCUGAGAAAACUACCGAUGAUUGCUUUUUCACACAUACAACAGUCAGACGAUUUUAUUCAAUGUGAUGAACUUUUCAAUGCUAUGCACGAACAAUUGAAACACAAAAAGAAUACAAAUGAUUAUUUACAUCAAUUGAACAAUUCCUAA